AUGAAUGAUUUGACUGAUAAAUUUACGCAGAAAUAUUUUGAACUGAAAGACGAAACAGCGAAAGCACAAGGAAAACAUCAAUUGUUAACUACAGAUAUCCCUAAAGUAUUAGGGCAAUUAGAGAAAUUACAUUCAAUGUACAGUGAAAAUGGGUUCUCGUUUGUUGGAAAUCAAUUAACAUGGGCUGACUUAUUAGUUUACGAUAGUAUCACAAAUUUGUUGACAUUAGAUAGUUAUUUGUUAGAACCAUAUCCAAAAUUAAGACAAAAUCGUCAAGAUGUAGAAAAUCAUCCAAAAAUUAAUGCCUAUCUUAAAUCCAGACCGGUUACCGCGUUUUAA